AUGCAGAACCCACAGCGCGAUCUUCCAUUAGUGCUGAAAGCUCUGGCUACCUGCCGAAACCCUGCUGAUUUGCGUGCAGCUGUAAAGCAAUUAUACACCCACGAUGCCUCUUUGCACCACCCUCUCUGGAUCGUAGAGCACGGAGCAAACUCAAGGCAGAAAAUCCUGGGCUUGUACGAGUUGUGCCGCAUCAUCAGCCCAGACACUACCAGCAAUGUGAAUUCAGUGUUUUAUGAUGAGAAUCACCAUGUUUUCUUCGCUGAGGUAACUCAGCACUUUCACGUUCGAAUCAGUCCAUUCAAGUCUGCCCCUUCUCGCUAUACUGUCCGUAUCGAGCUCCAGGAGCAAGACAAUGCAUUCUAUAUAUACUUCCAAGAAGAAUUCUUGCACCCCAUGGACUUGAUGAUUUCAGUUCUGCCGCCCCUCGCUCCGCUGGUACGGCUUGCACUUGUCUUCUUCGCAUUGAUGUGGGUCAUGUACUCCAAGAUAUGGAUCUUCAGCUUGCUCCUGUGGGCGAAGUUCUUCGGUAUAGGUAGCGACAUUCGGAGAGGCAAAGUCAAAUCGGGCUUAAUGAGGUUGGUGCAACCUGAAGAUCAGGAGACGGUAGAUGCGAUAUUGAAGACUACGCGAUACGGACCGUUCAGAGGUAAAUUUAACAGUUUGAACGCUAGCGCAGCAUGCACACUCCAGCUUUGGCAUUUCCAGUUCGUUCUCAUCAUCCUUCACAGCUGUACUUUAUGCAGGAUCAGGACUCCCACUGUACUUUUAUCACCAAUACUUAGAAACUGUAUUUUCAGAUGCAGUCAUGGUCGUCGCUUUUGUACUAUGUAA